AUGGGUUGUUACACUUCCAAGUCUAAAAACAGUAAAGUAAAUCCAAACUAUUCUCUAAAUCCCAUCCUUCCGUUUGCGAACAAAAAACCAUUAGAAAAAUCAUAUGUUUUGGGUAAAAGCCCACCCUUCAUGAGCGAACAAAAAUGUUUUAUGAAAAAUAAUUUUAUAUAUAAAUAAUUAUUAAUAGAUCAUAUCUAUAGCUAAUUUAUGUUUAACUGUAUUUUAAAUAUACAAAUUAAAUAACUGUUUUCCAAUUUUUGCGGAUUGGGAUUUUUUCAAAUUUCGAAAAAAUAUUUACUGUAAAAUUUAUGAGUGGACAAAAUUUUUUUGUUUGCUAGCAAAGAGGAGUGAGCAAAUACGUAGAAGUCAAAUCACUAACAAAUAACAAGCUCUACUUCACCAAGCGAUCAGAUAUUGAGUUGCUUAAAUCGGCAGACCAAAGCAAAAAUCAAUUGAAUGAAGAAAGUUCCCCUCCACACAAACAGCUAGAAAGGCAGAAAUCAAGGCGGCAAAAGUUUGUAAGAUGCCAGAUCUUGAAUUAA